AUGCCGACGACUUUGAGAGACCUAGGCCUGCCAAAAAGAUCAAAAGUCGGUCUCAAGGUGUCGAUGAAGCUAGCGAAACCAUUCCACCGCGACCGCCCGCUGCCACGAUAUGAAUGGGGUGUUCUUGAGUUGGGUGUAUUCCUUCCACUUCAUCCCCUCCUCGCAGAAGCUAGACAGUACGCAGCAAGGCCAGAGACGGCCAGGCAUUUCGAAGACUUGUACGUAGCGCUUCCAUGGCUACCAACACUUGGAAAAGAUCCCAUAUCGCAGUUGAGGUGUGGAGAGAAGGACAAGUUGGCAUUGCAGCAGUAUAUGGAGCACCUUGGAAGUUGGAAAACAAAAUAG